AUGGCAGGAGUGAGCGCCUCAUGCGUUCCGACUGCCGCUCUGGUCUUGCUGCUGGCAAGCCUCGUCAGAGCCAGCUUUCCAGACGCAAAUGGCGACGCCUUUGGCACCGUUCUUGAGCAGCGAAUGGCUUGUCUCAGCUUACAGGCCAGAGACACGUAUCGCAAGUUGCCGAUCGCGAUUCGCGCUGCAGCCCUUGACAGCCUGAUUGCUUUUGAUGGGUCGUGUGACGAGUUGACAUGGCUGGAUUUUGAUAGCGCCGGCCAGACAUGCGUUUCUGACCUUCUGGAGCCAAAUAGCUAUACCUCGCCGUACGCGCUGGACAGCCUUCCCGCUUCCUUCAGCGAUCUCACGCUCUGCGAUGGUCCAGAUGCUUACGGCAUUAGCCUCUGUGCUAGUUGUAAAGUCACAGUCACCCUUUCUUAUGCAGAUGGUCAGGGCAGUAUCAGUCUGGGCCUUUUUGAUUCCAGCACCAACACCUAUGCUUCCCAAACACAGGGCAACGCAGGAUCUGCUCAGUUUACAUACACCAACUGGGCCUCGAGUGACCGCGACUUUUCUAUUGACGUAUAUGGCAGUUAUACCGGCUCUUAUGCUAUCACCGUAGCCACUGAAGCAGACAGUGGCACUCGACCCACCACCACGACCGCUGCCCCAUGCAUUGCUGACAGCUUUGAACCCAAUGGCUAUACCAGUCCUUACGCAUUGUCUGGCUCAAGCACUAAUGCAUCCGACCUGACCCUCUGCGGCGAAGCCGAUGCGUACAGCUUUGUACUCUGUCCCGGAUGCUAUGCCUAUGCCCGCGUUGAGUUUGAUCGCUCCUACGGUCACAUUGAUAUUGGGUUCUACUCGGCUGCCACCAGCGCCUAUGUGGCCCAGGGUACAGGGGUGGGCGACUUUGAAGAGGUGGGUUAUACAAACCCAUCAGGGUCAUCUGUCAAUCUUCAGCUCGACGUAUACGGCAGCUUUAGCCGUAUGUACAGCCUGGCCUUUGAAAUUUCAAGCGAAGGCCCAACCGGCUCUCCAACCACCACUUCUGCGCCUUGUCUUCCCGACAUGCUUGAGCCAAGCAGCUUCAGCGACCCGUAUGCCUUGACCGGGACAAAUCUGUCUUUUGCCAAUCUGACACUCUGUGGUGUUCAAGACUCGUACAGCAUUAGUGUGGCCAACGGCCAAAUUAUCAGCGUGAACAUUUUUUUCAACAGUUCGCUUGGAAGCGUCAGGACGGGGCUGUUCAACCCAAGUACCAAUACCUAUGCCGCUGAAGGCCGAACUUCAAAUGGUGAGGUGUGGAUGCAAUAUGAGAAUGCUGGAGCAACCCAAACAUUCAACAUUGAUGUGUACGGCAGCAACAAGGGGUCCAACCACGACCUCUGCGGCCACCACUACAACUGCCGCUGGAGGUGUAUCAACCACAACCACAGCGGCCACCACUACCACUGCCGCCACGACUACUACUGCCGCAGGAGGUGUAAGCACUACCACUGCCGCCACCACUACCACUGCCGCAGGAGGUGUAAGCACGACCACUGCCGCCACCACUACCACUGCCGCCACGACUACUACUGCCGCAGGAGGUGUAAGCACUACCACUGCCGCCACCACUACCACUGCAGGAGGAGGUGUAAGCACGACCACUGCUGCCACCACUACCACUGCCGCAGGAGGUGUAAGCACGACCACUGCCGCCACCACUACCACUGCCGCCACCACUACCACUGCCGCCACCACUACUACUGCCGCCACCACUACUACUGCCGCCACCACUACCACUGCAGGAGGUGUAAGCACGACCACUGCCGCCACCACUACUACUGCCGCCACUACCGCUGCGGCCACCACGACGACAGAUACAACUGCUACCACUCUAGCUGCUUCUACAACCACUGCUGCUGCCACCACACCCACGGUCACUUUUACUUCCUCAUCUCACCUAGUUACCACAAUUGCCACAACCACAGCUGA